AUGAAGGCGUUCGUACCUACUUCGGGGCUGGCCACCGUAUCUGGCUCGACCGUCGGCAGCCGUGAUAACCUCACCGCGUUGCGACCUACCGCCGCCACGCAGACCGUGCGUCGCUCGUCAGUGCGAAUGAGCACCAUCACCUACCCGUAUACAGGCAGCGGCUACGGCGCGGCUGGCGUGCCGUAUGGCGGUGAUCCCGUGGGCCAGUCUUUCAGAGAAUCCAAGACAGCCGACAUUGUCCAAACAGCCGCUUCCGUGCCUGUGUUUUCCACGCUGGUCAGUCUUCUUCGAGAGACCGGUCUCGAUUAUGAGCUUGCCAAAGGUGGUCCAUUCACGGUCUUCGCCCCCACGGAUACCGCUUUCGCUUCUCUGCUCGAACCCCAUGGCUUUAAGAUUCUCGCUCCAUUACUUCGCCCCGAAAACCGCGGGGAGCUGAAGAAGGUGUUGGCCCACCAUGUCAUCGCCGGGGACGUCUCCUCAGGCGCGAUUCUUGCCAAUGGAAAGAUGGACUUCGUUACUACGGCAGGUUGUCCAAUCUCUCUAAUGGGCUAUGGCAAGAGGAUCUCGGCUGGAUCUGCCGCUGUCGUGAAAGCAGAUAUUCCGUGUACUAAUGGCGUCAUUCAUGUCAUUUCGUCGGUGCUAGUUCCUAUGUCAUACGAAAAACCACCGACUGGCCCACCUAAGAAGAACUUUUUCAAUUCCACCGUCCUCGACCUCUACAAGAAUAGGCUUACCCCGCGCCAGGCCCUCGGCAUUGACCCUUUGCCAGAGGGUUAUGACUCUGCAGCGUUGUCCAAGUUUGAGUAGGGAUGCCUCUAACCGUAUAUUGUUAUCCUGUUGAGACUUAGGCGAAACAAGUCGUUGACCACCGAGGCUGUUCUUGUCGACAAAACAAUGCUACUGCGGGCCUGUGUUUCGUGGAAGUUUAGCGAAUCGUGCGGGCGUGCCAUGCACUGUGUGUGCCAUUUGCUUGACAUUUUGUUCUGUUUUUGUUGUCGAAGCAGAGCAUUGUAGAAUUUGAGAUUUGAAGUCUGUCUCAACCCUUAAAAGUACUUUCUCACGAA